AUGCCUUCGUAGGUAAGAGGUUCUGUUAUAGUUUCUAAUGGCAAUUAUCUCUUUUCAAUAUGCAAGCCUUCCUUUAAACUUGUUUUCUCGCACAGUAGCACCGCAGAUAUGUUGUAUUUGACCCUUUUUAUAAAUGCUACUGACGCCACAAAGCUGACUCUUUCUAUUUCUCAAAGUAGAAAGGUUAAUAUUUUGAUCGUUCAAUAGAAGAAGUGUCUGCACAUUCAAUUUACUAAGAGUUCUUUCAAGUCCCCAAAAACUCUCAACCGUUUGGAAAGAGGAUUUUUUCCCCUAUAAAUCGCUUUUUGCAGGCUUUCAUUCCUUAACCAAAACAUUGUUAUCUGA